UUGAAGAAGAAUGUGAUGUCUAAUUCUGCUGACAUGCGACAGCCAUUUGUUCGUCGUCCGUACUGCUUAUCCUCACACGGGGCGAGAUGUGGGCUGCACCCUGAACUGAAUGUCAGCCAAUUGCACAUAUAAACAAACAAUGCACUCACACCAAUGGGAAAAUUUAGCCUUGAAUUAAGCAAGCAUGCAUGAAUGUUUUGGGGAUGUGGGAGGAAACAGGAACACCUGGAGAAAAUCCACUCAGGCACGGGGAGAACAUGCAAACUCCACGCAGGCGAGCCAGAUUUGAGCCUGAGCCCUCAGAACUGUGAGGCCAACCAGCCGUGCACAAUUGCGGCACAAAGCGGUCAUGUCAGACAUUAACAACUUAAAUGUUCAAAACCCUGCGGACGCCCGUCAACGUGCUGCUGCUCAACAUCAGCGUCAGCGACAUGCUGGUGUGCGCGUGCGGGACCACGCUGAGCUUCGCGUCCAGUGUGCGGAACCGAUGGUUGUUCGGCCGACUCGGCUGCUCGUGGUACGGCUUCAUCAACUCCUGCUUGGGUAUUGUGUCUCUGGUGUCUCUCGCCCUGCUGUCCUACGAGCGAUACAGCACCCUGAUGGUGUACAACAAGCGGGCCCUGGACUACAGGAAGCCUCUGUGGGCGGCGUGCGGGGCUUGGCUCUACUCGCUGGCGUGGACGUCGCCCCCGUUGCUGGGGUGGAGCAGCUACGGGCUGGAGGGAGCGGGAACCAGCUGCUCGGUGACGUGGACCGAGCGAACGUUUCGCUCCCACUCCUACAUCGUUUGCCUGUUUGUCUUCUGUCUCGGUCUCCCCGUCUUCAUCAUGGCGUACUGCUACGGCCGCCUUCUGCUCGCCGUCAAACAGGUGGGUCGGCGCAGGUGGGUCGAAUUCGACGGACAAGGCGGCGCGAGUUCCACGUCCUGUUCAUGAUCAUCAUCUCGAUGUUCUGCUACCUCCUCUGCUGGAUGCCGUACGGCAUCGUCGCCAUGAUGGCCACCUUCGGCCAGCCGGGCCUCAUCAGCCCCGUGGCCAGCGUGGUGCCCUCCAUCCUCGCCAAGAGCAGCACCGUCUUCAACCCCGUCAUCUACAUCCUGAUGAACAAGCAGUUCCACCGCUGCUUCCUGAUCUUGUUACACUGUCGGCACCAGUUGACGGACAACAGUCACUCCGUUCCAUCCAGAACUACCGUGGUCCAUCUUACCCGUCUGCAACUGGGCAGAGGCCCUGUUACUCCUGGCAAUGUUGUGAAAGCACCUGCUAAGGCCUGCGACACAGCAGAGACCAGCGCCGCCUUGUCGGAAAAAAAUGCAAGCGUGUAAGUUUUGUGGGACUCAAGAUCGACAGUAACAUUUACGAAAUGCUACCUGGAGCCCGACGACUUCAUGGAGGGGUGGCAAGU